AUGGGAAAACAAUUUGCAAUUGAAAAGAUUUUUGGUGGAUGGGAGGAAUCAUAUGAGAGAUUGCGUAAGUUCAUGCAUGCUAUUGUGAAUUACAAUCCCGAUACAGUUGUCGCAAUUGAAGAUGAUCCACACUGGAUUGAAGGUCGUUUAGAUGGGAACGUUAGAGUGUUUGAUAGAAUGUUUUGGGCAUUUCAACAAUCAAUUGAAGGAUUCAAGUUUUGUAGGCCAGUCAUCUUUGUUGAUGGAACUUUUUUAUAUGGGAAAUAUAGUGGUUGUAUUCUUUGUGCAACUGGGCUUGAUGAAAAUAAUAUGAUUUUUCCAUUAGCAUUUGCAUUAGUUGAAAAAGAGGAUAGUGACAAUUGGGGAUGGUUCAUGGAUUGUCUUCGAUUAUAUGUUACCGACAGAGAAGAAUUAUGUGUUAUAUCCGACAGACACAUUGGGAUUAAAAAGAAUACCGAUAUUAAGGAAGCUUUGCGCACAGCAGCUAAUCAAAAUCAGAAGCGAAAAUUUUAUGAUGCCAUGAAUAAGAUAAGGGAAGUCAGUCCUGAAAUAUUUGAGUGGGCCCUUAAAAUACCUUUAGAAACAUGGACACGGUCACAUGAUGGAGGAAAAAGGUAUGGAUCCAUGACAACAAAUACAAUUGAAUCUGUCAAUGGGAUGUUGAAGGGGUUUCGCGCAUUACCUGUCACAGCUAUGGUUGAAAAAAUAUUCUACCAAUGUGCUAACUACUUUGACAUACGUCGCACGACGUAUUUGAAUCAAAUGCAAAUGGGGCACACUUUUACGCAUGCAUGUGCAGAAGUAAUUAGAAAGAACGAGAUGAAAGUAGCAAGACAUCGGGUGACACGAUUUAGUAACGAAACUUUAGUUUUUGAAGUUCGUACCAGUGGCACCGGGAAUAAGCAAGUUGUUAAACUAAUAGAAGGUACAUGCACUUGUGGUAAGUUUCAAGAGAUGUGA